AUGCCAGGCCGAUUGCUGCAAGACUCAUGGCUCACACGACCUUCCUUGACGAGGCAACAGCUCGACAAUGACCAAGAACAGGGCCAAUCAGGCCUAGCAGCGCACUCGGAGCGUUCUCCCCUCCUCGCGGGUGGGCCUCGCUCCCCCUCGGACACGAAGCAUCACGCAGCCAAUCGUCGAUCCAGCUCAGCCGGCUACCAGUCGAUCAUAUCCGCCGACCCGCAUCUGCAUCGCGGUGGAGGUCCGCACGCCCUCGGCCACCCUUCGAGCAGCGCCUGGUCCAACAUCGGCCACUUGGCUUCCCCUCACCCGCCCCACGCAGAGGACAUAGACGAGAUCGCCCAUGAGUCCACGGAGCAUGUUCGCCGUCGCGAGCUGGGCGUCAUGACCAUGUACUCUCUUCCGGUCUGGGGCACCCACCUCCUCGAGCUCUCCCUCAAUGUCGUGUCCGUCUUCUCCAUUGGUCACCUGGGCACUAUUCAGCUCGCCGCGGCAUCCCUCUCCUCAAUGACGGCAAACGUCACAGCCUUCUCCCUCCUCUCCGGCUACAUCUCUGCAUUGGACUCCCUCCUCCCGCCCGCCUUCACGCAACAGCCUAAGCGCGUAGGCGUCUACUCGCAGAGCAUGGCGAUCAUUGUCGCAUUCCUCUGCCUGCCCAUUGCCGUCAUGUGGCUCUACGCCGAAAAGCUCCUGCUCGCUCUGGGUCAGGAGGCGGAGGUAGCGCGCCUCAGUGGCGUGUACCUGCGUGUUAUGCUGCCUGGCGUGCCCGCCUACGCUGGCUUCGAGGUGUGCAGGCGCUAUCUACAAGCGCAAGGGUUGAUGAGCGCAUCCACCGUCGUGCUGCUCUUCGUUUCGCCGCUUAACGCCUUGAUGAACUACCUGCUUGUGUGGGGCCCGGAGAGUAUCAGACUCGGCUUCGUGGGAGCACCGCUGGCGAGUGCCAUUUCCAACUGGCUCAUGUUCUUCCUCGCACUCGGACAAUGCUACAUCGCCCCUCGCACAGCCUGGGGCGGCUGGUCCCUCUCCUCCGCGGCCAAACCAGCAAAUAUCCUUCCCUGCCUCUCCCUCGGCUUCUACGGCUUCCUGGCCAUCUCUUCCGAAUGGUGGGCAUGGGAGAUUUCCUCCCUCAUCACCUCCCUCCUCGGCACCACCCCGCUCGCAGCACAGAGUGUCCUCCUGGUGUGCUCGAGCAUCUUCUACCAACAGCCGUUCGCCAUCUCCGUCGCCGCGGCCGUGCGAGUAGGAAACUUGCUCGGGGCACGCAAGCCGCGAGACGCACAAAUUAGCAGCUAUGCGGGCGUGGGGCUCAGCCUUGCCUGUGGUGUGGUCAACAGCUCGCUCAUCAUGAUCUUCCGCGAUCCGAUUGCCCGACUCUUCUCUACCGACCAGGUGGUCAUCGAUCUGCUCCUCAAGACACUCCCGCUCCUCGCCCUCUUCCAGGUGACCGACGGCGUAGCCGGCGUGACGGGCGGCAUCCUCCGCGGUACGGGUCGCCAGCAUCUCGGCGCCUACCUGAACGUGGUAGCUUACUACGUCAUUGCUCUCCCGCUGGGUACGUGGCUCACCUUCCAGGGCAAGUACGGUCUGCCGGGCAUGUGGAUGGGCCUCACCGUGGCCCUGACCAUCUCCUCUGCGGGAGGCAUGUGGCUUGUCUACCGCACCGACUGGGAUGCCGAGGUGGCAAAGGUGCAGGCCAGGAUGACCGAAGAUUUCCCCGGUGGUGGUGCAGGGCACGCUCCUUCUGCUGCUGCGGCGACUACCACGGCCGUCUCGGAGCAGGACGGUCCACCCCUCGUGGCCAAUGGAGCACGACAGCGCAAGCAGCAGACCGCGGGGCCGGGGAGAUCGGAGCGACCCUCCUUCUCUUCUGCGAAUAAUGUCUAG